UCAGGCUCUGGGCAGACAAGGCUUUGUUACUGCCACGGGGCAGGACACACAGGGUCAGGGUUCCAGGGCCAAGUUAUCCACUCCCUUGGGUCUUUCCUGCACGAGAAGCACAGAGGGACCGAGCAGGUUCGCUCCUUGUUCCCUAGGGGGAUGAGCACCCUUCCCACCACUCCCCCCCGCUCCCCCCUCCACCCCCAGUACAGUUCCAUGCAGGUCCCGGUGGCCGGCAGGGCUCACCUUCCAGGGGCUCACCUUCCUGGGGCUUGCCCUGCGGCGCCCAGGGGAGCCACAGCAGCUGCAGCACCAGCAGUGGGCGAUGACCAGCAGCAGCAGGAGCAGCACCGUACCUGGGGACAGGACAGCCAUCCAGAUGAGGAAACGAAAGCCUAGAGAAGUUAAGUCAUUAGCCCUUCACACACCUAGUGGAUUAAUUUCCCGAUGCUGCCGUAACAUUACCACAAAUUCAGUGGCUUCAAGCAACACAAAUUUAUCAUCCUACGGUUCUGAAGGGCAGAGUGGACUGGGCAAGUCCACGAUGGUGAACACGCUGUUCAAGUCCAAAGUGUGGAAGUCAAACCCACCGGGCUUGGGGGUGCCCCCACCCCAGACGCUGCAGCUGCAUUCAGUGACCCAUGUCAUCGAGGAGAAGGGUGUGAAGCUGAAGCUGACAGUGACGGACACGCCUGGCUUCGGGGACCAGAUCAACAAUGACAACUGCUGGGACCCCAUCCUGGGCUACAUCAACGAGCAAUACGAGCAGUACCUCCAGGAGGAGAUCCUCAUCACCCGCCAGCGCCAUAUCCCAGACACCCGGGUGCACUGCUGCGUGUACUUUGUACCACCCACUGGGCACUGCCUGCGGCCCCUGGACAUUGAGUUCCUGCAGCGACUGUGCCGGACUGUGAACGUGGUGCCCGUGAUUGCCCGGGCCGACAGCCUGACCAUGGAGGAGCGAGAGGCCUUUAGGCACAGGAUCCAGCAGAACCUGAGGACCCACUGCAUCGAUGUCUACCCCCAGAUGUGCUUUGAUGAGGACAUCAAUGACAGAAUCCUUAACAGCAAGUUACGGGACCGAAUCCCUUUUGCUGUGGUGGGGGCUGACCAAGAGCACCUGGUGAACGGGAGGUGUGUCCUGGGCCGGAAGACCAAGUGGGGCAUCAUUGAAGUGGAGAACAUGGCGCACUGUGAAUUUCCUCUCCUGAGAGACCUGCUCAUCCGCUCCCACCUCCAAGACCUGAAGGACAUAACCCACAAUGUCCACUACGAGAACUACCGCGUCAUCAGACUCAAUGAAAGCCACCUGCUGCCUCGUGGGCCUGGCUGGGUGAACCUGGCCCCGGCCUCCCCGGGACAGCUGACCACCCCUCGGACCUUCAAGGUCUGCAGGGGGGCCCAUGACGAUUCUGAUGAUGAGUUCUGACCACCGGCUGAUCCCGCAGCUGCUGAGCUUCCCGAGUCCCCAGCAGCUCUCAACACCCAUCUGUGUACCAGAGCAUCUAUUACAUGUGGGCCUUGCUUUUUAUGAAAAGCUGUGCUUUGAAAACAAAAGGCAUUUUGUAAAUGACUUCUUUGAGUUAUCCACAAAUAAAAAGACUGGGUCUCA